AUGAUGGUUGUUGUAAUCGCUCUACUCGUGGCGGCUUGCGUGCAUGCCGAAAGUUCUGAAGAACAGAGGGAAAAGCUUUCACAAAGGCUGAAGUUCCUGAAAAGGAAAACGGUCGAUCAUGUGAAUCCAAUGGGAGACUCGAUUGAGGAAAUCAACGUGAAAAGCGGAGUUGCAGCCGCACUGUUCCAGGGAGAUAUCAUCCUUCCAAAGGUACAACAGAAUGAGUUCACCGCCGAAAGUGAAACUCGUGCUAAGCGUCAAGCAUACAAUGACAAGAAGUACCCAGGUCACAGAUGGUCAAAUGGAGUUCCCUACAUUUUUGCUGACUAUUUAGGUGGAAAUGCCAAAGCUGCCUUCAAGAAGGCGGCACAGUUGUGGAUGGACAACACGUGCAUUAAUUUCACAGAACACCAGGAAUGGAAACCAGGCGAUCCCAAACCGCGUGAGGAAGACUUUUUAUUUUUUUGA